AUGACGUCGCGCUUUGUUUCCGGCGGCGCCAUUGACUCUGCGAGCGGCGAGCGCAUCGAAGGAGCGGCCCCCACAGACGGAGAGGCGGCUGUGGGUAAGAACAACGCCGAGUGGGAAGCGGUGCAGAAAGAAGUCGAGGAGACGAGGAAAAGGCGGGAAGAAGCGCGGAAAUUGGAAGAAUCCGGCGAGCAAAAGAGUUUGUUCGAUAUACUCCAAGCGAACAAAGCUGCCAAGCAGGCAGCCUUUGAAGAAAAGACCAAGAUCCGGAACCAGUUCCGCGCCCUGGACGACGACGAGAUAGAGUUUCUUGAUGAAGUGCGUGCGUCGAAGAGGGCUGAGGAGGAGCGGCUGAAGAGGGAGACGGAGGAAGGGUUAAGGGCGUUUCGCCAAGCUCAGAAGGGCGGUCCGGGGGCGGAUGCUCAGGAGGCUGACGACGAAGACGGCGCCUUGGAGAUUGGGGAGGACUGGGGAGUGGGUAGGAAGAGGAAGCGGAUUAGAGAAAAGGACGGGGUUAAGGGCUUGAGGAGGAGGGUCAGCGGUUCGGACGAGGUACCCAAGAGUCAACGGGGCGGCCAGAUAUCGGAACCAUCGACUGGGGAAGACACGCCAAAAGCGCCAGCCGAAGCUGAGAAGAAGAAACCUGAGGUGGCCGCGAAACCGAAACUUGGAGGCCUUGUGGAUUAUGGUUCGGAUGAUGAGGAUGAUGAGUAG